AUGGAGCUAAAAGGCAACUCUGGUCUUAAUGGAACAGCCGUGGAAGAAUACGAAUAUUCGGAUGCAGAUUUUAUCAUCCCAGGCAUCACUUGGCAGAAAAGAAGAGAAUAUACAGACAAUCAAGAUUUCCUUUCUGCGUUUGAUAAAGCCAUGAGAAUUAAAUGGGCCGACAAAAUGGAGCAAGGGCUCUUCCGCUACCCGCUGUGGAGCUUGCAGACAAGGAUCCUGCCUGGGAGAGUGAAAUAUGUUGCACAGCUGAACAUCGAGAGAGGUAUUGAGCGGAGGAAACCUCAGGACAUUAGAAGUAUCAAAGAGAAAUUCAAUUCUGGCCGAUUUAACUUUAGUAAAAUUAAUUCAGAGGAAAUUUUGUUUGAAAUGAGGUCUGUAGAUUCCAUGAUGAUUAAAGGACAGCAUAGCCGAACUCUUGUUGUGAUUAAUGUCAGCCCCCUGGAGUUUGGCCAUGUCUUAUUUAUUCCAGAACCAUCUCUUUGUUUGAAUCAAAUCCUGAUUCCAGAUCUAGCACUGUUUGGGAUGGAGUCCAUACUUCUUAGCAGCCACCCUGGGUUCAGAGUUGGCUUUAACAGCCUGGGUGGGUUUGCAUCAGUAAACCAUUUGCACUUACAUGGGUUUUACCUGGAUGAGGAGCUUCUGAUAGAAUCAGCAUCCUGCAAGCCCUUGUGUCGUGAUAUAAACUUCUACCUCCUGGCUGACUUCCCUGCUCCUGGCUUCUGCUUCUACACAGAUGGGACAGACUUGGCAUCUCUAGCUCAGGGACUAUGCAGAGCUACGGACUACUUUGUGGAUAGAAAUAUUGCACAUAAUAUCUUUAUAACCAGAGGUUGUGACCCGGGGCAUGCAGGGUGUACGGAGUCAAGAGAGGGGAUCCGUGUGAUUAUCUGGGCAAGAAAGUCCUGUUUUGGCUCCAAGGAGGAAUCGGCAUUUAAUGUUGCACUUUGUGAACUGGCAGGGCACCUACCAUUUAAAAACCAAGAAGACUUUAAUAAUAUGACAGAAGAGUCUGUUAUUGGCAUCAUUAAAGAGUAUCUCUUCUCAGAUGAGGAGUUCACAAUUUUAUCUAUGGAAUUAGCAGAACAUUUAAUAUCCCGAACUUUAUCAUUAUGA